ACAUAAGAAUAUAUAUUGAGGAAGUUAGCCAUUAGACCAUUGUCUUCUAUGCCUCCCUAACUUUUUGGGGGAAGGUUUUAGGAUUCAGUAGUAAAAAUGCAUCUGUCAAAUGUUUUCAUGGUCUCGGUAGAUCGAGUUGGUUUGAUGGUGCAGACCAGUCCAAUCCAUAAUAGAAUAUCUCUUUUGAUGUUUUCCAAAUGUGCCAUCAACAAUGCUCCUCGAGUUGAUGCAAUAACAGAAAGAGAAAAACAGUGACAGUAUCCUUUGUCGGGGAUCAAGUGAUUCAAUGCAGGUAUACAAUGGCGGCCUUUCAAAAACAUGCCAAUGCAAAUACCUUCGGUUCAUCAUACUCUCAUGUCGAAUCACUGUGUGAACAGUCUUCCACAUAUGUCCGUGCAUUGCAGGAAUGUAUAAGGAAGAAAUCCUUAGGAGAGGGCCGGCAAAUCCAUGCUUGCAUCAGUAAAAAGUUAAUUGCAGGAAACAUUAUCUUACAGAAUACGCUCAUCAGCAUGUAUGUCAAAUGUGGAAGCUUGGUAGACGCUCGCAGAGUUUUCGAUGAAAUAGCAAAGAAAGAUGUUUGUUCGUGGACUGUGAUGAUCGCAGCUUAUGCAAGGCAUGGUGUUCCUCAACAGGCACUCUCAGUUUUCUACCAAAUGCAACAAAAUGCAGGCGUAAAACCCAACAAUCUUACUUACUCCGCUGUGCUCUCGGCCUGCAACAACUUGGAAUUUCUGAACCAGGGUAUGAAAAUACAUCAACAAAUAAUUAAAUGUGGGCUGGCCUCCAACGUGUUUGUGGCCAGUGCCCUUGUAGACAAAUAUGCAAAAUGCGGUAAAAUUGAUAAUGCACGCCAAUUGUUUGACAAAAUGGGCCAGCGAGACCUUGUGUCCUGGAAUGCCAUGGUCUCAGGAUAUGCCCAGAAUGGGCUUAUGUGUGAGGCACUGAUGCUCUUUAAGGAGAUGCCCGAGAAGAAUGUCAUCUCAUGGAAUUCAUUAGUUGCAGGAUAUGCACGGAACGGCGCUGUGGAUACGGCCUUGAAAUUGUUUGACGAAAUGCCUCAGCGAAAUGUGGUUUCCUGGAAUGCUAUGAUUUCAGGGCUUUCGCAGAAUGGACUCAUUGAUGAGGCCCUAGAGCUCUUUAAGAGAAUGCCUCAACGUACUGUGGUGUCAUGGAAUGCAAUCAUAUCAGGUCUUGCACAAAAUGGGCGGGGGGAGGAGUCGCUUCAGUGCUUUCAAGAAAUGAAAGAAAUUGGCAUGAGGGCGGAUUUCCAUACUUAUGGAAGUAUUCUUCCAGUGUGUGGCAACAUGGCGGCUUUGGAGUUGGGUGUGGAGAUCCAUGAAGAAAUAGUAAGGCAAGGAUUUGAGUCUAAUGUCGUUGUUAUGACAGGCCUUGUAGACAUGUAUGCACAAUGUGGGAGUCUUGGCAAGGCUCGUCAAACGUUUGACAAAAUGCAUCAGAGGGAUGUGGUGGCUUGGAAUGCUAUGAUUGCAGGUUAUGCUAUGCAUGGAUGUGCAGAGGAGGCCUUUCAACUCUUUGAACAAAUGAAAUCCUCUGGCAUGAGUCCUAACCAUAUUACUUUCAUUUGUGUCCUGUCUGCAUGUGUCCACGCAGGACUAGUCGAUGAGGGUUAUCAAUACUUCAAUUCUAUGUGUAGACAUUAUCACAUUGAACCUAAAGCAGAUCAUUACACCUGCAUGGUUGACCUUCUUGGCCGAGCAGGGCGUCUAGAGGAGGCAAUACACUUCAUUAACAGAAUACCAACAAAACCUGAUGCUGUUAUAUGGAGUUGUUUGCUUGGUGCCUGUAGAAUACAUAAGAAUCUAGAGAUAGCAGAAUGGGCAGCAGAACACCUUUUUGAAUUAAACCCUACUGAUCCUGCACCUUAUGUGCUUCUUUCAAACAUUUAUGCCUCAGCUGGUAGGUGGGAUGACAUUGGGAAAGUUCGACAAGUGAUGAAAGAAAAAGGCAUUAAAAAAACACCAGGAUGCAGCUGGAUUGAAGUCGGUAAAAAGAUACAUGGUUUCCUCGUAGGAGAUAAAUCACACCCACAAACUCGAGAGAUUUAUUUAGAAUUGGAGAGAUUGAAUUCAGAGAUGAAAAUGGCAGGGUAUGUCCCUGACACAAGCUUUGUGCUGAGUGAUGUGAAAGAGGAGGAAAAGGAACAAGUUCUUUUCCAUCAUAGUGAAAGGCUGGCAAUUGCAUUUGGGCUACUAAAUACAUUUCCUGGAUCAACUAUCAGAAUUGUGAAAAACCUUCGCAUUUGUGGCGACUGCCACUCUGCAAUCAAGUUCAUAUCUAUGAUUGUUGAAAGAGAAAUUAUAGUGAGGGACACUUACCGUUAUCACCAUUUUAAGAAUGGGCAGUGUUCAUGUGGGAAUUUUUGGUGAUCUUAAUUAUAUAUGUUUGUGCUAGACAGGGAGUACCUCAAGUGUCUUGUGCGUCUGGGUGAAAUGAAGACUUCAAAAAUCAAAACAUUGCCAAUGAAACCUGAUGCUGCUGUGCGAGCUGUUUGAUUAGUGGCCCAGAAAUACAUGAAAAUCUGAAGAUAGCCGAAUGCCUUUUUGAUUUAAGCUUAAAUAUUACUCUCAAAAGCUAAAGCUGAAGCCGGGAUGCAAUUGGAAAUUUACAGAAAACAAUAAAAACAUGGAGAUGAAAAGGUACGCCCGCCUAAGUGCAGAUGGAGUCAGUUCAACAAACAGGAGAUAAAUGAGACCUACAGACACAAGAAAUAUGCAUUUAGUACUGAAAUGACUAACUACUGAUAGAGAAGUGGCUAAGCACAUUCAUGUUACAAGCAUUGAACUGAAUACUGUCAAGUAGAAUGAACCGAUGUUUUAGAAUCAUGGUGAAGAGAACGAAAUUGCAUUUGGGCUACUAAAUGCAUCCUUCAGAAGAACCAUUUGAGUUGUAAGAAAUGUCAAAUGCUAUCUGGUAACUGCCAAAAUGAAAAGAGAUUUAUAUCUAA